AACGAGCCGCCGCCGCCGCCGCCGUUUCUUGGUGCGUUGUUCUCCGUGCUCCUCUUGCCGUGGCCGUUCUUGGCCUCGCGCCGGCGGCGGCUGGCUGCGUCUGCACGGCGCCGCAACCUCGCCGGAGUUCGGGCCGCCGCCGCCGUGAGCACACGCUGUCCGGUCAAAGGCCGCGCCUUUGGCCCUCCUUUUUUUUUUUCCCUUUCUUCUCCACUCCCUUUUACUAUUAUUCCCCACUCCAAUUAUUCCUCCCCGUGCGGCGGCGCCGUCUUCUCAUCGUCUCCGCCUCUCCUCUCCUUUCCUCCCCGCCCAUCGUGUCAUCCAUCCAUCCAUCCAUCCAUACCGGGGCUCGGAUCGCGCGCGCGGAGCAGCAGCGCCGGCAUGGCCAGCGGCGGCGGCGGCGACGGCCGGGAAGAAGAGGUCCAGAUACAGAUCGCAGGUUCAUCCAAAGCUGCAACUUCCUCAACUCAUGAAGUACCUACACAGAACUCUCCUGUCAAGAGUUGGCAAUGGUGGGUGAUGGUGGGAGUUAACAUGUUCUUUCUCAUUGCCGGUCAGACAGCAUCUACACUUCUUGGGAGGUUCUAUUACAAUCAAGGUGGCAAUAGCAAGUGGAUGUCCACGUUCGUCCAAACUGCUGGCUUUCCGGUUUUGUUCAUUGCCCUAUAUCUUUUUCGUUCUUCUACACAAACAACCACUACAAAUCCUGCCCCUAAAACUUCUAUCACCAAAAUUACUUUGAUAUAUGUUGCCCUGGGCCUCAUCAUUGCUGCAGACGACUUGAUGUAUUCCUAUGGCCUGCUAUAUCUGCCGGUCUCAACGUAUUCGCUCAUUUGUGCUAGUCAGCUUGCCUUCAAUGCUGUCUUCUCAUAUUUCCUCAAUGCUCAAAAGUUCACUCCUCUGAUUUUCAAUUCUGUAGUCCUCCUAACCUUCUCAGCUUCACUCCUUGGAGUUGAUGAAGAUACUCAGGGAACUACCAGUAUCUCACACGGGAAGUACAUUUUGGGUUUCAUGUUGACACUAGGGGCAUCAGCUACAUACUCCCUCAUUCUCUCCCUGAUGCAAGUCACAUUUGAGAAGGUUAUUAAGAGAGAGACCUUCUCAGUCGUUUUGAACAUGCAGAUAUAUACAGCUCUUGUGGCAACGCUGGCUUCUCUUGUUGGGUUAUUUGCAAGUGGUGAAUGGAUGACUUUACAAGGAGAGAUGCAUGCAUUCCAGUCUGGGAAGCUGUCAUAUGUAAUGACACUGGUGUGGACUGCUAUAUCUUGGCAGGUAGCAUCAGUUGGAGUGGUCGGGUUGAUCUUUGUGGUGUCAUCACUGUUUUCAAAUGUGAUAAGCACCCUAGCUCUGCCCAUCAUUCCUGUUUUUGCCGUGAUUUUCUUUCGCGACAAGAUGGAUGGGAUCAAGAUUAUAGCUAUGCUGAUGGCCAUUUGGGGGUUUAUUUCAUACGGCUACCAAUUAUUUGUUGAUGACAAGAAAGAUAGAAAGAGUUCAGUCAGUGUAGACGAAACUUCCUAAUCAUCACAAUGUUGUCCAGCUCCAGCGUGCCACUCUUACCAAUUUAAGUUGUUGGCUCUGAGCAAGGUACUGUAAUUAUUAGCAAGUUCAUCAAAGAAAUUUCAUUUUUGCACCAUUUGGUAAGUAUAUUGCCUUGACUACUCCGAUGUAAGGAUGUGUCAUGCAAGAGAAUAAAAAAAAUUAUAACAUUCCCAAA